AUGGCCGACACGAUGGACGGAAAGCCGGCGCGCUAUCGCUCGCAAAGAAAGGCCCCAGUCGCAUCUACACCCCAGACAGCACAAGAUGCCGGUAUAGGUAGAAGCAGGUCUCGCUACCACAAAACCCGCCCUGCCGCUGCCAACACUCAAGAACACUCGCCUGUCCCCGAGCCCGCACACGACGCACCCAUCUUUCCGACUAGAACUCGUUCCACCCGUGGUAGUCGUGGUAGGGACGGAUCACGCGAUGCAGAAGCCGGCGCCUUUGAUUCUGGCGACGAUGGCUACGGAAGCAUGCGAUCGCAGCACAAGAGCCUGGAACAGUCCAAACCUCCUCCAAGAGAGGACAUCAUGGCCAUCGCAAGAGCCCAGGCUCCUACACAGAUCAGAGCCAAGGUCGAGAACUACAUACCCGAUCAGGAAGAGGGCGAAGUCUCGGCUGAAGAAACAGCUGGCUGUUUUGGAAUGUUCGGUAGGAAGAAGAAGAAGACCAAGACUGCGACGACGCCUCUCAAUGCCCGACCUGCGGUUACCAAGCCGGACGAACCUCCAGUCAUUAGACCAGGAGGCCGUGGCAUAGUACCUAUGACGGACGCACCCUUGUCAGCACUGAAUGGCGCACCGGAAGGAAGCAGAUGUAACGGAAAGUUCAUCGAUCUGCCCGUCGAGCCUACCACUUCUGCCGCAGAUUUGAUCGCAUCAGCCGCCAAUUGCCUAUCCGAACCCAUCGAUCUCAAAUCAUCUGUCCUUCUCGAGAGUUUCACAUCUAAGGUGGACGUGACACGACCGCUGAGACGCUACGAGUAUGUUUUCGACGUCAUGAACUCCUGGGAUGAAGAUCGCUCCAAUUCUUUGCAAAUAGUGCCUGCUCGCGUAUUGUCGAGCGACUCGAGUAAUCUAAGUCUUGCGAACGUUCCACGCGAGAGACCGCGAGAAACUUCCUUCUUGUUGCAACACUCGCAGAAACCGGGCACAUGGCACAAGCGUUUGGUCACCAUCCGUCAAGAUGGUCAACUUGUUGCCGCAAAGCCAAACAAAGAGUCUGAAACGACAAACAUUGGUCAUCUCACAGAUUUUGACAUCUACACUCCUACAGCCAGAUUCAUGUCUAAGAUGCUAAAACCUCCCAAGAAGAUUUGCUACGCCGUGAAGAGCCAGCAAAAGUCCAACAUAUUCCAACAAGAUUCAAAAUCAGUAUACGUCCAUUUCUUCUGUACAUCAGACGAAACACUCGCCGCCAGCUUCCACGACGCCGUACAGGGCUGGCGCAGUUGGUAUCUGCACCAUGCCAAAGACGAGGGCAAGAAAAAAUCAGCUACAGGUCUAGGACGUUCAUCUAGCAAAGCGACGAAACAGUCAAAGCAAUCAUCUGAUGCUCCUCAACCUUCGACUGGAUCAAUGGAUGCCCACUAUCAGUUAGGCAGCUACAAGCCACUCAUGGACCUCGACAAGUUCGAUAGACCCUCGUCAUCGAGAGGCCAGGAUACCGCUUCUGGUGUUCCUGCCCGCAAGCCUUCAGUGCGUGAGCGAUCAAGUCAUCCUUCUGCGUUGUCCCAACAACAGAAACUGGCGGAUGAUGAAUCUCUUAACAAGUUGGCAGGAAACCGAAGAUCGUCUUUUGAUCAGGACUCUGCAGCAGAAAGAGAAGCAUUCGCAGGAGAUGGUCUGCUCGGCAGAAGCUAUUCUACUCGCCAAAAAGCCGCCGCAGAACGAGAAGCUGCAGCAAAGAAUCCAUGGGCGACAGGUCCUUCGUUGCUGAGCGGCAACCAGGCAGAGACAUUGGCCCGCCAGGGCUCUGUCAAGCGAACUGGAUCUACACGCCGUGCCGAUGGCCAUGGGACUGAUCUCAAGCACCGUCCAUCCACUCGUGAGCGACUCAUGGCAGCCGACGACGGACUGAAGCGAUCUGGAUCGACACGCGCAAAGGAAACGUCGAAGCCGCUGGUCGAUCUCACUCCUACCUACAAGCCACCACCUCAACAUCUGAAGAAGGGAAGAGGCGUUCGUCCGGAUGAAAUUGGUCCUGGAGGAUUAAUCGACAAUGCAACAUCACCCGAACAAGCUUACCAGAUUCCUUCUGCGCACGAUUGGCGAGGUGGCCGAGCCAAUGUCCCUGCAGCAGCCAACGCAGGAGUCAGUCGCCAGCGCUCUCUAGCCCACAGACCCGCACCUGACUCCACAGAUGAUGCCUUUACCGGUCGCGGUCUCUUGAAUAAUGCUCGCGGUGGCUACGACGGCAGAAACUCUAUAGGCAGAGGAGUCAUGAGCGGCAACAGGAACGCACGCGAGCCCAUGAUCGACGUCUCGGAAGAAGGCAGAUAUGUGCCUGGCAGUCUCCUUAACCAGGUCGCCAGGACCGAAAGAGAAGAAGGCAGAGGUGGACCCAUCAUUGAUCGGAGCAAGUAG